AUGGAUGAGAUGACCAUGGCUUUCCCACCUCUGGAUGGCUCUCAGCCUGACGAAGAUAUCAAUGGGGAAGGGAAAGCAAAAAUUCCAGAGAAUCUUGAAGAUUUCCUGAAAGGUGUGGAGGGGUCCCAGAAGUUUUUUGAAAUAUCUUUAGAGUCCCUAAAGGCCACACACAGGCAGCAACUUCAGGAGACUGGCCUCCAGCAUCACAGGAACCUGGAGAAAAGACUACUGCAGAACUCACUUCUCUCUACAGUGGACAGGAGAACUGACACCAAGGAAAUUGACGGCCACCAUUGGGAAAACAUCAUAUCCAAGAAGAAAGAGGAUCUUGUGCGGUACAAUGGACCAAGGAGAUCUUCCUCUGUGCCUGAUGUGGCCUCAGAGGUGAGGGAGCAAAGCCAAAGCAGACGAUCUAAAACCUCGGCAUCAAAUACUGUUGGAAGUGUGUUCUUUGGCAUGACAAUGCAGGAAACUCAGAGCAGGUCGAAUUUUUUUUGCACCAGAGAGUCAAAGCCAUCAUCAUCAUCAUUUGUCAGAGAGCAGACUGACAUGGAAGAGUGUCAGAAACAGUUUCGUGCUGCACCGGUUCCUGAACAUGUCUCCAAGGCACUUUAUGAGAACAUAACAAAGGAACAAGAACGCAAGAGGAAAGAGGGCCAUGAGCAGAGGCGGAACUUCCUGUUAUCCAUUCAGAAGCCUUUCACUUUUAUGCAGAGAGAAGAAAAGAGCAAAGAGAGGCCUACACAGGACCAGGGCCCCACCAAUCAACAUGAAAAAGAUAAGCCUUGUGUCACACGAAAACCCAUACCAAAAGCAGUCAUAGACAAGGGAGUUUCUGAGCAUUUAAAAGAGGAGGAAGUGUGUAGGAAGAUACGCAUUCAGACGAGGGCCAGGGAGAGUCUGAGCGCCUCCUCUGCUCCCACACUGAGCCAGCAAACCAGGACCAGCCAAGAGAGGCGCUCUGCCCAGAUGACAAAGAGCAGAAUGCUGGCUUACCUGGAUCAGAAGCCUUCCUUUCAACCUGCGACAAAUGCCCAAGUCCCUGACUUUAAAAGACUGUACCAAGCAUUUCAGAGAGAUGUAGUGAAGAGGGCAGGAAGGAAGGAUGUUACACACUGUCAGCCUUUCCAGCUGCGCACUUCUGUUCUGCGUCCACGGCAGAGCAGGAACAACCCAGAGGAACCACUGAAAUCUACAAACACUAAUCUAAAGAGAAGUACUUCAUUCGCUGGCUUGACAUCACUGUCCAUGGACACUCUUCCCACGUACAUCACAGAUGCUGCGAGAAAAAGACGCGUGGCUAUAAGGAGGUCUUUGGAGCAGAGGGAGGACAAGGAGCGUGAGAGUGCUGAAUGGAUGAGGAGACACAGGAUGAACUCUGAGGCCAUGAGGAGGGCAGUGACAGUUCGGGCCAAGGCCAUGGACCCUCACCGCAGCCUGAAGGAGGUCUACCAAGAGAAACUGAAACAGCACCGAGAGGCAGACCAGCAGAGGGUCAGAGAGUAUAAAGAAGAGCUUAGGGAGAUGAAGGCUCGUGUCACAGGCCGUCCUUAUCUGUUUGAACAGUUGUCACAGAAAAAUGCCAAGUCUGACGCAGAGCGGAGGUAUAGGGAUACGCUGAAGCAGGCCGGUUUGAAUGAGAACUUUGUGAAGACAAAGGGAGAAGAAGCCGUAAAGACAAUCACUUUGGAGUCAGAUGCUGAGGACGAUGAUGAUGGUAACAGUGACGUCUGCAGCACUGAAAAUGACCUACAGAAUAGGUAG